CAUCAUAUUACUUUUGACAUCUAACAGUUCGCUCCGAAGCAUUCGCUCCAUUGUAAUCCUCUGCGAUCUCACACUCGAUCCCUCUGCCUCGUCUUUGAUCACGAAGUUUAUAAACAUGAAGCUUAAUACUAGUGGUCUCGAAUCGACUGCACCGUUCUUUGGGUUGAGCAAUGAGCUUCUUGAUGGGUUUUCAGCUGCUCCAUUCUUUGAGGUUCCUAAUACAACCAACUUUGAUGGCUUUCAGAAAGAGGCUAUACAGAUGGUGAAGCCAGCAAAGGGAACAACCACACUCGCCUUCAUAUUCAAGGAAGGUGUCAUGGUCGCUGCUGAUUCUAGAGCUAGCAUGGGAGGCUAUAUAUCAUCCCAGUCUGUGAAGAAAAUCAUUGAAAUCAAUCCUUACAUGCUUGGCACUAUGGCUGGAGGAGCUGCUGAUUGUCAGUUUUGGCACAGAAAUCUGGGCAUUAAGUGCCGACUGCAUGAAUUGGCAAACAAGCGUAGAAUUUCAGUUACAGGGGCAUCAAAGCUGCUGGCAAACAUUCUGUACUCUUACCGUGGAAUGGGUCUGUCUGUUGGGACCAUGAUUGCGGGAUGGGAUGAAACGGGUCCUGGGCUAUACUAUGUGGACAGUGAAGGAGGAAGGCUCAAGGGAACAAGAUUUUCAGUUGGAUCUGGUUCACCCUAUGCUUAUGGUGUGCUGGAUAAUGGGUACCGGUAUGAUAUGUCAAUCGAAGAAGCUGCAGAGUUGGCUAGAAGGUCUAUUUAUCAUGCCACAUUCCGUGACGGAGCCAGUGGUGGAGUUGCUAGCGUUUAUUACGUGGGACCCGAUGGAUGGAAGAAGCUCUCUGGUGAUGACGUUGGAGAACUUCAUUACAAAUACUAUCCAGUUACGCCAAGUACAGUGGAACAGGAAAUGGUUGAAGUAGCUGGUGCAUAGGUGUCUUGCUAAACUUGGACCAUGUUUUCUACCCUUACGAGUUGAAUUCCAAGACAUGCUUACAGGGCAGAAAAUUCUUCAAGUACAUGUGUUGGCGGUUGGUGCUUUGAAACAAUUCAUGGAUAGACUUGUCUUUAAGUUAACGUUAUGAGAGCACUACCAUUCAUGGUUUACUUUUAUUGUGCAUUUUGUUGUUGCUGAUGAUCAAAAGUUUUAACCAAACUCUACUUAAUUAUAUCAGGUUUUAAUC